AUGUACCAAGAGGAGGGUAGCCACUUCCUCGAUGGCGAACUUCCCGUGGUAAGACGUCUUCACUACGGUUCGUCCAUGCCACCUUUCUCUCUCCUCAUAUCCCCACGUUGGUCAACAACAUGGCCAAGACCACUUUCUUGGACCCUUCGUCAAAGUUUUGAGUACCUGAUCAACCUCUCCGGCUUCAGAUUCCGACGUCAAUUCGCGGACGACCCUGCUUGGGUUUGA